AUGGGUGCAUCUGAAUCAAAGCCGUCUUCCAACUCUCAAUCUACUUUGCCAGAAAGCUACGAUGGAUUAAACUUCUACGAGAUUCUCUGCGUCCCAGUGGAUACGACAAACGAGGACAUAAGACGAGCAUACUACAAACGCGCCAAGUCAACGCAUCCUGACAAGGAUUCCACACCGGGCGCCAAAGAGCGUUUUCAGAAACUGAAUGAAGCCUACGAGACGUUAUCAAAUCCGGAGAAGAGAGCAGUAUACGAUUUGGAGCAAGAAAAUGAGAUGGAAGAAAAAACAAAGACAGAGUUUGGAGAAUUCGGUUCUAGCUCAGCUAUGCCAGGAGAAUGGGAAGCUUCUGAGCUCCCGACCGGUACUCAGACACCAGGCUGGUUUGAAUGGCUGUUUCUUGGGAGAUCAACAUCGUUCAGCGAACCUUUUGCUCGCUAUAAUCCAGAGAGGUAUGCAAAUUAUCAUAAGCAUCUUCCUCUCUCCCGAGGGAUCUCUGCAAAAGAUAUCGCAGAACACUUCAACUUCUGCAUACAUAACGCGAUGUGGAAAGAGAACGGGAAGGAUCUGAACUUAUGUACGGUGUUGCGAAACUUUUUCGAGUGCAUAGCAUAUGACGAAAAGAGAUGCGGAUACAAUCAACCAAUUCCGGGCUUUGGUCGCAUCAAUUCGUUUUGGUGUCCAGACGACGGGUAUGGCCAGGACUACGCUCAAGAUUUCUACAUGUUCUGGCUCAACUUCGACCCGUUGAAAACAUUUGAAUGGGCGGCUGUUGAACUGAUGCUAGCUGGAGACCCUCGGGUGGCGACUCACAUUGUCAUGAACCAUUUCAAGGGCCUACCUCAGAUUUCUAUGGAUGAAUUUUGUCGCCGGUUUAUCAAACAAAUUAGACAGAAGCGCAAAUCUCUGCAAGUUCUUUUGUACAAGCCACUACCUCCGACAUUGAAGCUUGAAGGGCGGGUGACGAUACCUCAGUCAGAAAUGAUGCCCCACACUCGUUUUAUGCCAUUAGUUUAUUUCAUCUUACUGUCUGCAUAUACCAACGUUGCUGCAGAGCCAGCUACACUCUUCCAUGUCACCACUGCGACACCGACGACAAGCUCACUUCCAUACAGCCUCAUCCAAUCCGGCACGACAAUUGUGCGCCCAAUCGGCACAGGAACCGAUGGAAAAACGACGUAUGUACAGGAAAACGUCGUGAGCUUGGUUGUCGCACAAUUUCCCGCUGCCAACGGCGCGCAGCCAUCACAAUCGACGCUCCUAAGCACUCCCCUCACACUGCAAGCAACUUUUGCGGAAGAUAAGAAUGGAUACCACGCAACGCGUUCGCUCUCACUCCCGUCCCCCGAAGGCACCGGUUCAUACGAGCCAGGUCUCGAUGAAAAAUGCGUAUUCAACUCUGAUGGCACUGGAUCAUGUGUACGGAUUGAUAUCACCCUGGACCAGCAAGGAAGCACUAGGCGAACGACGACGACCUACAGCGGCCAGCUGCAAGCUUGGCACACCGUCGGCGAGACUGGCGGGACGACACCUAGUGUCACGGGCAAUUCGGCAAAAAGAGGGGGACUAGCGAUAGAUGGUGGUGCGCUAGGCAUGAUUGCGAUGACAAUGAGCGUAUUCGUUUCAGUCUUGAGCGGCCUUGGAGUUCUUGGCUUCGGAAUCUGGUAA